AUGAGCCAGGUAUCCCGAGAGAAAACUUGGGUGUACCACGAGCGUGGUUGGAACGGGCCGCUUUUCGGGCGGUACAAUAUCGACGAAGAGGCCAUCGAAGCUGUGAGAGAUUCUUGGAAAGAGGAUGGCAUUUGGCAGCUCCAAUGGGACCGCUUGCUCGGACUCGCAUGGGCGCAUGAGUUCCCUCAUCCUGAUCCCUUUGCCGACAGAUCUGCUGCUCAAGCUCCUCUGACUUCUGCCACUCCAGAGAACAUCGACAGAGAGUACGGUCGCGCGCUCGUGCGACAAGACACAGCACCGCAAUCUCGCGAGACUCAGCCGCAGACCAUGCCGGAUACAGCAAGCUCGCGUCGUUCAUCAACAGACAUGCAGCAGAAGCCGGGACGCUCCUCGCGCCUCCAGCAGAAGGCCGCGAAGUCUCCGGAAGUCCAGCCGAAGUGA